AUGUUUCUCCCGGUGCUUUCCCCGAGGGAGCAGCCAAACAACAAUGGGAACGGCUCAGUGAGGGUGGCAGUUCCCAGACCGGAGCGUUUUCCUGGGGUUGAUUAUGACGACGUUCCAUUCCUGGGACCCAGACCGAGCGACGCGAUGCUAGAAUACUACGAGCAACCUGUCCUGCGCAAGCUCGAGUGGCGGGUUGACGAGAAUGGCGUGAAAAUGCGCAGACCUCUGAAGGAUACCGUCUCGCUGACUGCAGCAUUUGCCCAGACCAGAGGCUCUGAGGUGCAGAUGCCAUGCCACCAUUGCAAUGUGAACAGAAGCGUUUGGACAAGGUGUGUUGUUGGCUCUGACACGAAAGAGGGAAGCAACAUGCAUGGGGCCUGCGCAAGCUGUCGUUUCAGCAGACGCUACUGCAGUCUCAUUUCUCGUAAUGAGGAUGAGCGUGCGAUGACCCGAUCGGGGGAUGCCUCUGAGAGCCAGAGCCACUGGGACCCAGUCCGAGGUAUCAAAACAGAACCUGGUGCCAGACUGUCGUCGCCCGGCAGCUGUCGUCUCGACGGAGAUGUUAUCCCAUUUCCUCUGGGCCCAGAGACCAUCGAUAACUUGCCGCUUUUGAAACAGGCUGACAAGGAAAUGGAAAUGCACCUGGACACCCUAAAGAGAAGGAUCAGGCAGCUCGAGGAGAGAGAGAACGAUGGAGAUGAAACCACCAACCCGUGGGACCUAGUGUGA